GAAAGGGCGGUUAAUAAGUGAAUGAAAGUGAAAUUCAAUAAUCUCUCAGGUCACAGAGGCUACAAUAAAGCCCCUAUAGAAAGUUUUCAUAGUGUUGAUGCCUGAGCCACCAGGCAGUAAAAGAGGAUCUGCAUGAGUGACUCCGCGCUUCCCCAGGAGGGUGGAGGGUGGAGGCUUUCUGCUAAAGCCUGCAGGUUUCCCCUCAUCUUCUGGUGACCCUGCAUCAUAUGACGCGCCGGCGCCUGCACUAUAAGAGCACCUGUCCGGGCCAGACAUCACUCGCAUCUCACUUUCUCUCACCCUCACACACACUCUCCUGAACUCCACUCUCUCUCUCUCCAGCUCAGACACCACCAGGGUAAAGGCACCAUGAGUUACUCCAGCGACAUCUACAGCAGCAGCUCCUAUCGGAAGAUCUUCGGAGAUGCGCCCCGGUCCUCCGGUCGCGUGGGUCUGGGCAGCAGCAGCCCGUCCCGCAUGCACUCUGCUGCGGGGGGAUACCGCAGCGGACACCGCACCUACGGCUCCCCCUCCGGGAUGUCCUCCUCCAGCUACCGCAGGACGGCGGCGCCCGGCCGCGUCUUCUCCUCCAUGCCGGACUCCGCCAUGGACCUGACCCAGUCCACCGCGGUCACCAACGAGUUGAAGAUCAUCCGCACCAACGAGAAGGAGCAGCUGCAGGGCCUCAACGACCGCUUCGUGUCCUUCAUCGAGAAGGUGCACAACCUGGAGCAGCAGAACAAGGUGCUCGAGGCCGAGGUGACGAUGCUGCGCCAGCGACACAACGAGCCGUCGCGUCUGCACGAGCUCUACGAGCAGGAGAUCCGCGAGCUGCGGGGUCGCGUCGAGGAGCUGACGCACGAGAGGAGCCAGAUGCACCUGGACUGCGUGCAGAUGAACGACACGCUGGAGCGCGUGAGGGAGAAGUUGGAGGAGGAGACGAAGCUGCGCGAGGAGGCGGAGAGCGUGCUGAAGGGCUACCGGAAGGACGUGGACGACGCCACCAUGUCGCGUCUCGAGCUGGAGAAGAAGGUGGAGUCGCUGCUGGACGAGAUCGCCUUCCUCAGGAAAGUUCACGAGGAGGAGCUGCUGGAGCUGCAGGCGUCUCUGCAGGCCACUCAGGUGUCAGUGGAGAUGGACAUGAAGCAACCGGACCUCACUGCCGCCCUAAAGGACAUCCGGGUCCAGUAUGAGAGCCUGUCGGCCAGGAACCAGUCCCAGGCUGAAGACUGGUACCGCUCCAAGUUUGCCAGCGUGACUGAGGCGGCUGCCCGUAACCAGGACGCCGUCAAGCACUCCAAGGAGGAGCUGAGCGAGUACCGCAGGCAGGUGCAGGCCCGCACCCUGGAGAUCGAGUCCCUCAGGGGCCACAACGAGGCCCUGGAGAGACAGAUUGCAGAGAUGGAGGACCGCCACAACAAUGAAAUGGGAGACAUGCAGGACACCAUUCAGCAGCUGGAGAAUGCCCUGCGCAGCACCAAAGGAGAAAUGUCCCGUCACCUGCGUGAAUACCAGGACCUGCUGAACGUCAAGAUGGCGCUGGACAUUGAGAUCGCUGCCUACAGGAAGCUGCUGGAAGGCGAGGAGUGCCGCCUCAGCUCCGUCGGCGGAGCCAUGGUCCAGUCCGGCUACCCGGGCUUCUCCUACAUGUCGGCCCGCUCCUACAACCUCGGAGCCUACAGGAAGCCUGAAGCCAGGCCUGAGGAGGAAGAGGAGGAGGAGGCUGAAGAAGAGGAGGAGGAUGAGGGAGAGGAGGGAGAGGAGGAGGGAGAAGAGGGAGAGGAGGGAGAUGACCAGGAGGAGGCUGAGGGUGAGGGAGAGGAGGAGGAAGGGGAGGAGGAGGAGGAAGAGGAGAAGCAGAAAGAGAAGGAGAAGGAGAAGAAAAAGGAGAGCCCCACCGGCAAGAGCAGCAAGAGCUAAACUGCUUGUGUCAACAUCACCAUCUUCAUCAUUAUCAAUAACACAUUCCUCAUCCUCAUUCCAAUCACUUCGAUGGAUCUGGUUUCCGUUCACAUCAUCUCCGUCUCACACGAAACUGCACACUCCAGAUGCCUCACUCCUUUUCUGUCUCCGUUUGCUCCGUAAUUCAGAAGUGAUUAGUACAAACUUCAUCAGGUGGAGAAGGAGCUUUAGAAGGAAAUAGAUGUGUGUUACAAUGUCAUUUACAUACUCCGCAGAUGUUGUCACGAUUUUACAUCACAUAAGUACAGAAAGCUACAGUAGCAUGAUGCCACCAAGUUUCCUAAGUUUGAACUUUUCCUCAUAUGAGCAACAGUAAACGUGCCAUUAAUGAUAAAUAUUUGCAAUCAAAACCUUGAAAGUAACAAUUUUGUCAGCACAGACUUUAAGAUAAACGCACAGAGUAACAGCCAGGCCAACUUUUACGGUGCUAUUUGAUUUUUACAUAUAAAAGUUGGGGAGUACUGUAUGUAAAAGAGAUUUUAUCAUAGAUCUACCAGCUCAUUCCUGAAUGUCGGCCUGUUACACGGGAACGUUUAGAGGAAAGACGUAAGUCCAACCCCACAUUUCCCACAGCAGGUGAAUGCUUUUCACUCCCCCUCUCUCUCCCACCCCUUCCCAUUACUGUCUAGUUGUGCAUCUCAUCCCACCACGACAAACAGAAAUGUACCACUCACCAUUCAAGCCCUUUUCCCCAUUCUCUUUAAUUCACUGCAGUGUCACAGCACGGCAAUAAAGGCAACUUGGAGCUCAGACAAACUGUAUAUAGAAAUGAGUCGGGAGGGAGGGAGGGUGGGUGGGUGCAGUUGCUUGAAAGGAGGAGUGCUGCAGCUUCUCCAUGAGGAAGUGCAUCUUUGGGAAUGAAAAAUGUAGAGUUUAAAUUGCCGCUAUAUAUAUAUAUUUUUUGAUUCUUUGAUUGAUUCAUUUGUCAAUGAAUUUAUCAGCCAGAGUUCAAUAUUUAUCUGCGAGUCUACUUCCUUUCUUUCCCUACAUGUUCUUUUAGAGAAAACCAACCCGUUUUCUUUCUCCUCAUUCAAAUGUAGUGGUGCUUUUGUUUAUUUUAGCUGAAGACAAGGUGAUGGUCAGCGUGGCUGUCGGUGUCAGGCAGCUGAUGGUGACACCGACAGCCCUCAGCUCAGACUGUAAGUGGCAGGUGGGGCAGAUGCCGCAAGGGGUCGUGGCUAUAUGGUACAUAUAGAGUCGUGUAUAAGGGCUAUUUUCACCAUAACCCCCUCUAUCACUUUGCUCUGAAUUGUUUUAUUUCACGGAUGCUCAUCAGCUCAUCAUCCUCUGGCAUUUUCUUUUUGACAAAUGAAUCAACCAACGGGCAUGAAUGCAUGGCCUGACUCUUGGAGCUUGAAUAUCUGCUGGAUGGGAUAGAGUUUUUGCUUGUUGUGUGUUCAAUUAAAAAAAAACUUGCCUUAACCAUGACUGAAAGUUAAAAUAAGACAUGUUCCCCCCCCUCCAUCUCACUUGUUUCUGGGGAGGCUGAGGAGCGCCAACACUUUCCACACCUCUGCUAUACAACUGUGACUGUACGUGCUGCUAUCUCAUGCAGUGAUAUUCCUCUCAAAGCCAAAUAAAGACAUUUAUUAACCAAACCUUCA